CUCAUGGCUGAAAUACAUCAUCAAUGCGAAGUAACAAGCUGGAAUGGGAAGUCGAGAGAGGUACAGCAGCCCGCCCAGCAGGCAAGCUUUCAGCCUACUCGAUUCAAUGGGGCUGCUGACACAACGAGGCAAGGCGAAGCAGGCAAGCAAGAUCAGACAAUAACGAGAUACCUAUCGUGUGAGGUAGUCGUGAUGCUGUUGGCCACAUAUGAUGCCAAAUUGUUCAGUCCACUUUUACAGGAUUAAUAAACCACGUACCGUACGUACGAAAUUUGACUGCCGGAUAUUAAUACCGGGGCAGUUACUCGUAAAUUACAGUGCUUGUUUUCUGGGGCAGACAGAAAUAUUUUUCAGCGGGUUCUUCCAGUUUACAGGCCUGUCCUCGGGGGUCGGCACUCUGAGGACACACUGUCACUGAAAUUUGGUGGUGGUUGAAUCAGCGCAUCGGCUGUCUUACAAGCCGUUGAGUCGUUAGUGUUCGUCGAUUGUUCUAUGAUCGACUGGUUCCAUGGUUCGACACUUGAUGGUGCUCCCGCCAGUAGUCACCGUCUGACCACUGCCUCGGUGCCCUAGGAGGAAAGGAAAGGAAAGAUUCUUGUACAAAACAGUAAAUUACAUAUAUGCAUUGUCAGAUCAGGGAUAUCCAGGAAUAUGGUAACGGAAUAUGGAAUAUGAAGGAUAGGUAAAUUAUAUUUGAAGUGCCAACGGUACUAUUCGGACAUGUCCUCAGUUUUGAUUUGCUGCUAUUGUCAUGAUUAAUUACUAUCGAUGGCUGUAAUGACCGGUGGCUCAGCGCUCACUGUCAGUGGUCAGCCCAGUGCAGGUGCAAAAUGCUCUAACCUUGAAUCACCUCGUCCGCUGGCCUCACUGGCCUGGUCGGUGGUCACUGGUCAGGCACGCCGCACGCGUGCUUCUCAGUGGUGCAGGUCUUGGCGAUUCUUCAUAGUCAGUCCCGACUCCCGUCUCUUGUCUCUGCCCUUCCCUUCCUCUUCCCUCGAGCGAUCCAUCCCUCCCUUCCCUUCUCUCCCAGCGUCCCGUUCCCUCCAACAGUCGAUCCACAUUUUGUUUUCAACCUCUUCCCUCCAGCCCUUCAUCAACUCUCCUUAAACACCACUAACCAACAAUAUAUCCUCUCUUUUCCACGCUGCUCGCAUCACAGCUUACCUUACCCCGAAACAUCUCUGCGCCCGUCCCUGGUAGCAGUGGCCCAAUAACACAGCCCUGCUCGCUCCUAUUUCUUAACCCCCGCACUUCUGGAAAUGAGCGUCCCGUCUCCGCCAUUUCUUCAUAUACGGACCGAAUAACUCCAGACUCCACGCAGAACAGCCUUCGCCCACUCCACUACUACCCCAUACUCAGAACUGUACUGGACGUCGAAGCAGAUCAACCUUUAAUCGUUCCAGUGCCACUGGUCCGUCGUCGGUAUCAUCUCGCCUUGCUGCUAGACAACGUUCCGUUGCGUUGAGUCGAGUUGAGUCGAGUCAAGUCCAUCGUUCAGGCCGAAGGGUUCACCCGCGACGAUUCUCGACCCUGCCUAUCCAUCGCCCGCCAUGUCUACCUCGGUCAAGCGGGCUUGCGACGCUUGCCAUCGUCGAAAGGUCAAAUGUGAUGGCAUCAAUCCGUGUCGCAACUGUUCCUCAGCCCAACUAUCGUGUACCUACCACGCCAUCCCGCAGAAGAAAGGACCCAAAGGAUCGCGAGCCAAGGUCAUCAGCGAACUACGAGAAACACAACGACAGAGCACCCUCUCCUCGAAAGUAGCAAACCGAAUGAAUGGAAUCAACAGUCCGCCAUGUAGUCCGACACUCACUCCUACACCAGGUCUUCUCACCAACGACAUGAUCAAGGAAUGCAUCGAAUUUUUCUUCGCCAAUAUGUAUCCUACCCUCCCCAUACUACACCGCGGUCGACUAGAACAACAAGCAAUGUACGCGGACCAGAACGUCGAUACAUACUGUCUUUUGACAUCGCUAUGUGCCUUCAUGAUGAUACAACCAGGAAUGGGAAUACCAGGCGAUCCACUCGGACUCGACAGCCUCCCUGGCGCCAACCUCGUAUCAGGCAACCUGUUGAUGGAGGAAACAUUGAGAGUUAGGAAAUCUUAUGAUCAUCUCGAGACUCCGACAUUAAAUAGUCUAGUCACCAGUUUCUUCCUGUUCGGAUGCUAUUUUGGUCUGGAUUUGCACAAUAAGGCUUGGUUCCAUCUCAGAGAGGCGACGACUCUGUCACAUAUUUUGAACAUGCAGAAGGAAGAUACCUAUGUUCAAUUCGAUGUUGUCGAGUCGUCAAGAAGACGAAGGCUUUAUUGGCUACUCUUCGUCACGGAAAGAGCUUAUGCACUUCAAAGACAUCGCCCUCUUUCAUUACAAGCAACUAUCACCCUUCCGACACAAAGCGAUGAUCCAACUGACGCUCAGGCUCAUCACUUGAAUGGAUUUAUUCAUCUCGUCAAUCUGUUCCGACCUUUCGACGAAGGAUUUGUUGCUCUGUGGAACAAGACCCGAACGGACUGCUCUCCAGCUUAUCUGUCUGCUCUUCAGAAGCAAUUGAACGAUGCACUCCCUACGUAUCUCAACUCUACAGAGAACCAGACGGCCGACUUGAGAACUAGUCAGCAAUGGCUACGAACAAUGGUUUGGCAAUUGAGCAUCCAGAAUGGAUGUUUGAGCUCCGGCAAUGGUGACCCAAGCAUGACCUUCCAAUAUCCUGUUGAUAUUGCUCGGGAUCUUGUCGGAAUGACAUCUCAAUUCUCCCAACAGAGCAUGGAAGUUCACGGCAUCGGACUUAUCGAGAAGCUUUUUGAUGUCGCUUGCUCUCUUACCGACGUUCUUUCCCUUCUUCCACCAAAUCCAGAUCCAUUCCAACUUGGACCUCGUGAUUAUCUUCACGAUUUCAUGACUCUCCUCUCCGUUCUUCGCAAUGGCGAUCACCGUUUCCUUCCUCUUCUCCUCGCCAAGGUCAACGAUGUUCUGCCAAAGCUCGUUAAUCCAAUGCUUCAGACUGUACCCGAUACUCCAGCGAAUAUCUGUGCCGAUGUCGAUAUCUUUGAUGGCUUCGGCAACGCUGGCAUCGGUGUUGCAUCCAACUUCCCAGGAUACAAUGGCAAUGGCACCAGUGGAGGCGAAUUCAAGAUGGAGCCUGAUACCGAUUUCAAUGGUAACGCAAUCUCAGGCAUGCCACAAUAUGACAGGAGGGUCGAAGAGCUUGGUUCGCCUAUCAACGAUAGCAGCGAUAACAGUACCUCCUUCACAAGUCCUUCCGUCAUGCAAAGUCCUAUGGAAUAUGCCGGCCUGGGAGACUAUGGAGGAUUUCCAGACAUGAAUGCCCCUAGGAUGACGAAUAACGUAGGCGUCCACAAUCACACAAGAAAUUUCGGGGAAGGCGUUGGUGGCGGCGGUAGAGCUCUUGACUUCAAAAGGGAGUUUGAGGGGACUAUGGGAUUGCUCAGUCAACAUCGACAGCCUAUGAUGGCAAAUGGUAUGGAGGCGGUCAGACGACCACCUUUACGACAAAACAGUGGUAGCAAUUUCGGUAUGCAGAUACCGCGAAGUGUGCCGGACCAGUUUCGGCAUUUGCAGAGGGCGAAUAGUGGCGGAAGUGUAGACAUGGUUGGAGGUGGUGGUGAAAUGCCCUUUCGAUGAAACUGUUGAGUACGGAAUGGUUACCAACCAUUGCUGAAGGUGGGCCAAGUUCAAAUGUCUCGAGUUAACUCACUCGGUGAAUACUACUUCGGGCCGUCCACUAUCGACAGCUCCCCAACCAUAGAACGAUCAAUCUCUUCUGGAACGCUCACAACCAUGUGUUUAAUGUCACACAGCAGACACAAAUGCCCGGCCACGGGAACAACAAACAGUAUUACGUUUCAGCGUACCACUUUCGGCGUAAAAUUCGGGCAUCCAAGGACACGGAUCGGAGGGAAAUCAAUGGAAAGGAUUGGGAAAGAGAAUCUAAUCGGCGUUCGGAGUGGCUCAAGUAGCAUAUGACGGUUUCUUUGUCGUCAGCUUUUCGAUCUGAUCGAUCAUCUGCGCUAAUGUUGUGCAUCAUGUCAGCUUGCAUGUUUGACAGGUAGAGGAAUGGAAAGUGCAGAAGUAUAUAUGUUGGACUGGAUCAUAUAACCUUACUUAUCUAUUAUUUGUCUCAGCUGUGUAGGCUUACUUUCUACCUCUCUAAAGGAGUUGAUCGUGGCAGGUUGGUGUUCCUCAAUAGCUUCAAGUGAAGUUGGCCGUGGCAAUUUUCUUUCUUCUAGCUUACGCACUCCAAUCUUGCUCAACAUGUGUAUUAUUUCAGACAGCGUCUGUGCGGAAUACAUCUACCUACUUUCACUCAUUGUACCGGCCAUUCCUCGCCUCUUCCUAUUCCUCGCUGGCCAACUCAACGUGCAUACAGGCAACCCAUCCCAUCUCCCACUCAUCUUAACCUUCAACUAUUGCCAACACACAAACGAACACCCUACCGCGAACAUACCUACUGCCAACACAAAAAAAAGAAUGAAGUAAGCGCUGCGCUAGUCGCGCAUAUUCUCUCUUUUAUAGCUGCUUAACUUAUCUCGCCAAAAUAAUUUUUUUUCUUUCACUCAUUCUUUUCACGUCCCCACUACAGUAUAUAUAUCUCCGUCCUGCUAUACCCAAUGUCCCUAGUCAUCUCGCCUCUCGCCUUGCCCGUUAACACACGCUAUAGUUGUUGUUGUUAUUGUCGCAGCUACAAGGUGUAUCCUUUUCUUGGAACGGGCGUGCGAUGGUGGUUAAGCGAAGUUCGGAGGAGGCGAAGGGAAGUUUAGAAUUUUCAGGGGGUGAGUGGAAGAGUGGAAAGGGGUUUAUGCUUGCUUGGUUUGGAGCAGCUGCGAUGUGUGUGUGUGCAUGUGGGUGUCUGUAUCGCGUCCCAGCUUCCAGUGAUCGGAAGUGACGGGAUGUUUUGAAUGCAUGAAUUGGAAUAAUUGCACGGAAGCGAAGCGAGAGUGGCUUAUUAAGUGGUUAUGGGAUUGCGUUUCGACUUUCAACGGUAUUGCGUUUCUCCGAGUAUUUCGGAUCUUCUGCUUCAAGAGGACUGAGUGUUUCUCUCACCGCAAUUUACUGAUGAUUGAGAUUUGGCGAGGUUGGUAGAUGGAGAUGGAGACGGAAACUUAAUGGUGUUGUUAUAGAUGGGGAACGCCACGUCAAUAAUUCCCGGGAGCUCAAGAAUGGGAGGGAUCGAAUUAAUGAUCGAGGACUUCGGAUUGCGCCAUCGCUCGGUCUCACAGCGCUCAGAUGGGGAAGGAAGGGGACUGAUCUUGAGCUUGUGUCUGUCGAUGGUUGGGGCGUUAUUGUUAGUGUUGUGUGGAUCUUAUGAAGUGACGAACGACACUUGGGAGAAGAUGAAAACACCUACGCUACGCACACGACGAUCGAUGGUCCAAAUCGUCUACUUCCUCUCCCCUUCCAUGACUCUCGAGUUUGAAAGUACGGACAUUCCCCAAGUCCAUCACGCCCGCCGGCCAUCUGAUACUCCGGUUUCCCUCACCUACCUACCUACCUACCCGCCAGUGCCGUGUGCAGAGGCAAAGCGUUCGGUUUCCAAUGCUGCCAUCUGAUCUUCUUUGAACUUUGCGACAUCAUGCAGAGCCUCAACUGGGACCUUCCCGUCACUUGAGAACGCGGUGAGUAUGGGCUUGAGAGAUCUGAAGCCGGGUGCUCUUGUCGGGCCGGUCGUUUCCUUCAACGCCCGCAAGACAGCUUAUCCCGUCCAUGCAAUAUCAAACAGAAGCCGAAAAUCACCCUUUCUUCCAUCAUGGAUGGAUGGAUAGUUUCAUGAAGCCUAAGUACAGUAGUAUUCGAGAAGGCGGCUGGCGCGAUCUACAAAAAUUUCAAGCGGUGUAUCAUCAUAGCUCCACUCUCCACAACAAAGGUACAAGGCGUUUGCAUGGAGAAGCAUCAAAAAUAAGACUAAAAGAGAAGGGAUGAGGCGCAAGGAAAGAAGACUUUGGAAGUCUGUAUUGUGGGUAUAGCCCGUCUUGAUGCAGGGACUGGCAUGGUGAGACAGGACCCCGGAUCUGCGCGUGAAACCAAACUUAGAGACUAGUGAUGUCAUUCGUCUCUUCUUUUCCCUUUUGAUAGAUAGAGGCUGUGUAGGUAUUCCGCGGUAGGUAGUGAUCGAUUGCGCCAAAAGUGGAGAGGAGAAACGGUCUGAAGCCCUUGUUCUGUUCUAUUUUUUCGGAUGGUUCGCUUCGCUUAUUGAGGGGUGCUCCUUGUUGUUGUUGUUGUUGGAGAGAGGAGGGG